CCAAUGCAGUGAGAAACAAAUUCGGAAGCUUCAAAUAGCACGGCAUGGAACCAACAACUUCACACUUGUUCUCUUUCCUCACUGGUUUCGUUGCUUCCAUAGCAGUCCACUCUUGCAACAUUGAUUGAAGAGUGGCUGUUACAUAACGAUAAUAAUUAAAAAUAACUCUCUCUCUCUCUCUCCCCCCCAUUCUUCACUACUUCCUCCCUUUAAUAAUCUCCUGGUUCAUUUUCUCUUAUUUCCAACUUAGCUUAGAUUACUUCGUCAUGUUCAUGUUCGUGUAAAGCUCGCAACUUUGCAUCUGGGUGGGAAAUGAGAACAACUGACUAAGCUUGAAAAUAGGAAAAAGAAUUGGUCUUUUGAUUGAUUUGAACUUGGGUUGUGAAAUGGAGUUCCCUUCCCUCUCUAUGAGGGCAUGUAAAACCAUGGGAGGUUGGACCCUUUUGUUGCCGCUAGUACUGCUGCUAUGGAGUUCUGUUGUGCAUUCAAAUUCGGAUUACUUGAUUGGUCUUGGAAGCUAUGACAUCACUGGUCCUGCAGCUGAUGUCAAUAUGAUGGGGUAUGCCAACGCAGAACAAAUUGCAUCUGGUGUUCACUUCAGGCUCAGGGCUCGUGCUUUCAUUGUCGCCGAGCCAAAUGGUAACCGGGUGGUGUUUGUGAACCUUGAUGCUUGCAUGGCUUCACAGCUUGUGACUAUCAAAGUUCUUGAGAGGCUGAAAGCAAGAUAUGGUGAUCUUUACACUGAAAAGAAUGUAGCUAUUAGUGGAAUUCACACUCAUGCUGGUCCUGGUGGUUAUCUCCAGUAUGUUGUGUAUAUUGUAACAUCCCUUGGAUUCGUUCGCCAGUCAUUUGAUGUCAUUGUUGAUGGAAUUGAGAAAAGCAUUGUUGAGGCUCAUGAAAAUCUCCACCCAGGAUCAAUAUUUGUCAACAAAGAUAAUGUGGAUAAAGAAAUGACUCUCUUAAAGUUUGUUGAUGCUGAAUGGGGUCCUGUUGGAAGCUUCAAUUGGUUUGCUACUCACGGAACCUCAAUGAGUCGUACAAACGCAUUAGUUAGUGGGGAUAAUAAAGGUGCUGCUGCACGUUUUAUGGAAGACUGGUUUGAGCGAAAAAAUGCUGUAAAAAUGGAUAAUGUUGGAUUUGAAGAUGGUGGCAUCCCCCGAAGAAUCUCAAACAUAAUUCCCAGCCUUAAUGAUAAUCACCAUGAACUACUGGAAAUCGCAGCCUCCUUCCAAUCUCCUCCUGGAAGACCAGUAACAAAAUCUUCGAGCAUUGCAAGACGCGUAAGAGGUGCACUUAGGCAGGCUGACAAGCCUAAAUUUGUAUCUGCAUUUUGCCAAUCGAAUUGUGGUGACGUUAGUCCAAAUGUCCUUGGAGCUUUUUGUAUAGAUACUGGACGACCUUGUGACUUCAAUCAUAGUACUUGUGGAGGGAAGAAUGAAUUAUGCUAUGGCCGAGGACCAGGCUAUCCAGAUGAAUUCGAAAGUACACGUAUGAUAGGAGAGAGACAAUUUAAAAAAGCAGUGGAACUAUUCAGUGGAGCAUCUGAACAGAUUAAAGGGAAGGUUGAUUCUCGACAUGCCUACAUAGACUUCUCCCAGCUUCAGGUAAAUCUUCCGAAUUCCAAGGUAGUAAAGACAUGCCCCGCUGCAAUGGGAUUCGCAUUUGCUGCUGGAACAACAGAUGGACCUGGAGCUUUUGAUUUCACGCAAGGUGAUGAUCAGGGAAAUCCUUUUUGGAAGCUGGUCCGCAACUUGAUUAGAACACCAGGCCAGGAACAAAUUGAUUGCCAGAAGCCAAAGCCCAUUUUGCUUGAUACUGGUGAAAUGAAAGUACCAUAUGAUUGGGCACCUUCAAUACUUCCCAUCCAGAUCCUCCGAGUUGGACAGUUUGUUAUUCUUAGUGUACCAGGAGAAUUUACAACAAUGGCUGGAAGGCGUCUUCGUGAUGCAGUGAAGACAGUGCUAAGUGGUCACAAAGAUUUCGGUAACAACAUUCAUGUUGUUAUAGCUGGGUUGACUAAUACUUACUCACAGUAUGUGACAACAUUUGAAGAGUACGAAGUGCAAAGAUAUGAGGGUGCUUCCACGCUUUUCGGUCCACACACACUCAGUGCAUACAUUCAAGAGUUCACGAAGCUUGCAAACGCUCUCAUCAGUGGCCAGCCGGUAGAACCAGGGCCACAACCCCCGGAUCUCCUCGACAAGCAGAUAAGUUUGCUGACACCGGUAGUGGUGGACACAACACCUCUGGGCUCAAACUUCGGGGAUGUCAUCUCUGAUGUGCCCAAGAACGCUACCUUUAAGAGAGGCGACAUGGUGUCGGUUACUUUCUGGUCUGCAUGCCCCAGAAAUGACCUAAUGACAGAAGGUACAUUCUCACUUGUGGAAUUCCUCCAAGGAAAGGAAACUUGGGUUCCUACCUAUGAUGAUGAUGACUUCUGCUUGAGGUUCAAGUGGUCGCGGCCUUCUAAACUCAGCUCGCGAAGUAAAGCAACCAUAGAAUGGAGAAUUCCACAGGAUGUAGCUCCUGGUGUAUACAGAAUAAAACAUUUUGGUGCUGCAAAGAGUUUGUUAGGAUCCAUUCGCCACUUUACAGGUUCAUCAAGUGCAUUUGUAGUAGCAUAAAUAAAGGGGAGGGAUGGUGAAUGGUGAAUACUCAUUAUACAUGCCUAAAGCUAUUCAUUACUACAUUGUUGUUGAUUUGUUCUGAUACUGAGUUCUCUAGCAGAACACCAUGAAUCAGAGGUUGAAAUAGUUGAUUAAGUUGUUGUAUUUGUUAACUAUUGCUCUUCAGACAUGGUUAAUUAUUUAUACAAGAAGAAUACAUGCAAAGAAAUGUUGAGUUGUUA